AUGUCUAUAACACUUUCAACAAAAACUUCCCCAUUUCCUUACGCUUCGAUCGCUAUCGCGACGUACACACAGAAAGUAGACAUAAACUACGACGAAUCAGUAGAUGGUAUCACUCUAGACUUUGAGGGUUCACAGAUCUCUGCGAACGAUGAGAUCGUAGCCGUAUUGGCUAACAGCAGGAGGACUCGCUGGAGACAGCGUAAAGGUAUCAUACAUCCUGAUAUAACUCAUCCAAGUUUAACCGAUCGCUUUCAGACUGCCACGUAUUUUGAACUCGCAAAAACUGUGCCGACAUUGACAGCGAUCCCAGAUAUCCUUGCUCUUCUCGAUUCUUUGGAUGAUCAUCUCGCAUACCGCACCUUCCUCGUCGGCCACGACAUCACUGCAGCCGAUUUCAUCAUCUGGGGUUCAGUCAAAGUUGCACCAAAAUUUAUCGGAUUUCUCAAGAAUGGGCAGCAGCAUGUUCAUCUUCUUCGGUGGAUGUCUCACAUCGAGAGUCUCGAGCCCAUUCAAGCUGCGCUCGCGAGCUUUACAGCAGCUAAAGCCAAUAAAGCCAGAUCGAAUAAAACAGCCGCAGGGUUUGCUCUUGGCCUCCAAAAUGCAAAGGAAGGCCAGGUCGUCACACGUUUCCCGCCUGAACCCUCUGGUAUUUUCGCAAAAAUGUAUAAUGGGAAGAUGAUCAUUCGUUUUGAUGAUACCAAUCCCACAAAGGAACGGGCUGAGUUCGAGGAGACUAUCUUGCAAGAUUUGGAGCUGCUAAACAUACGUGGGGAUAAAAUAACCCACACAUCAGAUUACUUUGACCAGAUCUAUGAAUUGGCCAUUCAAAUCAUCAAGAGUGGUAAAGCUUACGCCGAUGAUACAGAGCAAUUACAGAUGCGCGAGGAACGAGGCAAAGGUGUUGCAUCUGCUCAUCGAGAUGACUCGAUCGAGGACAAUCUGAGGCACUUUGAGGAGAUGAAGAUCGGAUCUCCAGAAGGACUGAGGUGGUGCAUCCGCGCGAAAAUCAGCGUGGACGAUCAGAACAAAGCUCUGCGUGACCCUGUCAUUUACCGAUGUAACUUGAUCCAUCAUCACCGAACUGGAGAUAAGUGGAAAAUAUACCCCACCUACGAUUUUGCGUGCCCAAUCGUAGACUCCCUUGAGGGAGUUACCCAUGCCCUCAGAACGAACGAAUACCGCGAGCGAAAUGCGCAAUAUCAGUGGAUGAUCAAAGCUCUUGGGAUGCGCGGUGUUGACAUCUGGGACUUCAGUCGUCUAAGUUUCAUCUAUACACUUUUGUCCAAGCGGAAGUUGCAUUGGUUUGUGGACAACGGAAUAGUCAGGGGUUGGGAUGACCCACGUUUCCCAACCAUUCGGGGGAUCCGUAGACGCGGACUGACUGUGGAUGCGCUGUCACAGUUCAUGUUGGCUCAGGGGCCUUCACAAGCCAUCGUAUCGCUCGAGUGGGAUAUGAUCUGGGCCAUCAAUAAAAAAGUAAUCGAUCCUGUUGCUCCGCGGUUCUGGGCCAUUGUGAAGAAUAACAGUGUCUUUGUAACCAUCAACGGUGGCCCCCUUGCACUCGAGGUGAAGACCUUACCACGACAUAAGAAAAAUCCAGAUGUCGGCGAGAAAAGGACCGUAUUUACGUCUACCAUCCUUGUCGAGCAGGAAGAUGCCAUUUCCUUCGAUGAUCAAGAAGAGAUAACGUUGAUGGACUGGGGAAAUGCCAUCGUCCGGUCUAAGACCACGGGCCCCUCGGGCGAUAUCACUUCUCUCACGAUGGAUCUCCAUCUUGAGGGCGAUUUCCGCAAGACGAAGAAAAAGAUUACUUGGCUUGCACAACCCACCAAUGAUUACCCAUUAGUCAACAUAACGCUCCUUGACUACGACUACCUGAUCACGAAGAAGAAGCUUGAGGAAACGGAUGACAUCAAAGAUUUCGUCACGCCAGUGAGCGAGUUCCGGGAGGAGGCGUUUGCAGAUGCGAACGUAAGCACACUCACUAAAGGGGACAUUAUUCAGUUUGAGAGGAAGGGUUAUUUCAUCUUUGACGGCACUGCGGAGGAUGGGAAGCUCGAGUUCAUCCGCAUUCCUGAUGGGCGCGCGGCUAAUUUGGCCAGUAAGGCGGGGAAGCCUGUUGCUGUUAAUGUUGAAGCUCCAGUGCCGGCCUCGAAGACUACCGCCGACGCUGGUCCCAUUCCUUCCACGACGAUGUACAAGAUGGAGAAGAUUUAUGGCGAGGAACCAGUGAAGCCUGUGUCCACUACCAAGAUGUACACGAUCGCAAAUGUGUACGAGUGA